CGAAAACAAAAGUCCUGACGACAGCAGUGCGGGUUCAAAGCGUCGAGGGCCUAGGACGACGAUAAAAGCAAAACAAUUAGAAAUUUUGAAGACGGCGUUUUCGCAAACGCCGAAACCCACGCGGCACAUACGAGAGCAGCUAGCAAAAGAAACAGGAUUACCAAUGAGGGUGAUACAAGUGUGGUUUCAAAACAAACGAUCGAAAGAAAGGCGUCUUAAGCAAUUAACGUCGAUGGGUAGGGGUCCAUUUUUCGGAGGUUCUAGAAAAAUGCGAGGUUUUCCCAUGAACCUUUCUCCUGGUGGUCUUGAGGACGGUCCUCCGGGUUUUCCUUACUUCGCGGACGGAAAAUUUGAGUUUGGUUAUGGAGGACCACCUUUUCAUCCUCACGACGGCCCUUUCUUUCCCGGGCACCAUCCUGGAGGAGGUCCUGGAGGUCAAGGAAUGCCUUUCGGACAAGGAGGUGGUCCAAUGGACCACGGUCCCAUACCUAUGGGAGCCGGUGACUUCGGUGCAAUGCCCAACGAACAGGGUCAGUUUAUGCCACAGCAGGGUCCAGGUCCGGAUAUGAUGCAGGGUAAUAGUGGUGGGGGCCGAGGUGGAAGUCCCGAAUUUAUGUCUCCUGGAAACUUCUCCGACAAUCCCCAACAGUUAAACGAAGGACUGGUCUGGUAGCUGGC